ACAGCAACGCAAGAUAAACACGAGGCUCAAUCAAUCCCCUUCUCCACCAGUCGAGUCGACUGAAACCCCACCAAAUCCGCAACCCUUUCCCUAUCUACCUCGAUUCCCUUCCUCCCAUCGAGAGUGCGGCGGCGGCGGAGCUAUGGGCGCAGUCGAGGACGGCGACGGGUGGGCGGAUCAGGAGCAGGGCAACGGCGGCGGAAGCCGCGGCGGCGGGGAGGCCAAGCGGUCGGAGAUCUACACCUACGAGGCCGCGUGGCGCAUAUACGGCAUGAACUGGAGCGUGCGCCGCGACAAGAAGUACCGCCUCGCCAUCGCCAGCCUCCUCGAGCAGUUCUCCAACCGCGUCGAGGUCGUCCAGCUCGACGAGGCCUCCGGCGACAUCGCCCCCGUCCUCGCCUUCGACCACCAGUACCCGCCCACCAAGACCAUGUUCAUCCCGGACCCGCACGCGCUCCGCCCCGACCUGCUCGCCACCUCCGCCGACCACCUACGCAUCUGGCGCAUCACAUGCCCCGACGACGUCGAAGACGUUGCCCCCUCCGGCAACAACUCCGUCCGCUGCAACGGAGCCGGCGGGGCAGGGCAGCAGCCGGGCGUCGAGCUGCGCUGCGAGCUCAACGGCAACCGCAACAGCGACUUCUGCGGCCCGCUCACCUCCUUCGACUGGAACGACGCCGACCCGCGCCGCAUCGGCACCUCCUCCAUCGACACCACCUGCACCAUCUGGGACGUCGAGCGCGAGGCCGUCGACACCCAGCUCAUUGCCCACGACAAGGAGGUCUAUGACAUCGCCUGGGGUGGCGCGGGGGUCUUCGCGUCUGUCUCUGCCGACGGCUCUGUCCGCGUCUUUGACCUCCGGGACAAGGAGCAUUCCACAAUCAUCUACGAGUCUGGUUCAGGUGGUGGUGUCUCGAAUUCGGGCGCUGGGGAUGGCGGGGCUGUGUCGCCAACGCCGCUUGUCCGUCUGGGAUGGAACAAGCAAGACCCGAGGUACAUGGCCACCAUCAUCAUGGACAGCCCCAAGGUCGUCGUGCUUGACAUCCGCUACCCGACACUGCCAGUGGUAGAGCUGCACCGGCACCAUGCUCCUGUCAAUGCCAUUGCAUGGGCGCCUCACUCGUCUUGCCACAUUUGCACGGCUGGGGAUGACUCGCAGGCAUUAAUAUGGGAUCUCUCAUCAAUGGGAACUGGGAGCAAUGGUGGUGGCAAUGGAAAUGGCAAUGCUGCAGCAGCUGCAUCAGCAGAGGGCGGUCUUGAUCCCAUUUUGGCAUACACAGCAGGGGCAGAGAUUGAGCAGCUGCAAUGGUCAGCGACCCAGCCUGAUUGGGUUGCCAUUGCAUUCGCCAAUAAGCUUCAGAUCCUCAGGGUUUGAUUUUUCAAUUCCUCCUGUCUCACAGACACUAGUAAAGAAGCCAAACUUGAAUGAUGAGGCUUUUGGGGUGAUCGAACUUGUAUUGGUGUACAUCAGCCACAAGAAUGCCUUUGUAUCUGCUUCUACUUUAUAUAUACCUUUGUACUUUGUACAUUGGUGGGAGAAUCAGAAUAGGCUGUUCCUCUUGCUUGUACCAUCCACCAGGUAUGGAGGGGGUGUCCUGCAAAAAUGCAACGAAGAAUACAAUGUAUUUCAGGAGAAACGAAUAAAGAGCCAAAUUUGAGUGAAUAAUAGCCUUCCUCUUUUAA